ACUACCUCUAGCAGUUGCAGGCUUCAGGUCCUUCAAGUUUUUUUCUGGUGCUAUCAGCCAAAGGAAGCAAUUGCUUCUAUUGUUCUGGAAAGAAAUCAGUAUUAGGACGCACGUUGGAUCACCACGACUGACACUCACACAGAAAAACUCGUCUCCCAAAUAAAGAUGCCGACCGCGAAACCACGUUUCGCUCGUCUCGACAGCGACGAGGAGGACGUUUUUGUCAAGAAAAAAGACGAGGACUUGGAAAACAACAGCGAUAACCAUUCAGAUUCGGACUCCGACUCUUCUGAUGAGGAGUCUAAGUCGGUGUCGGUGUCUGUUGCGGUAAAGAACAAGCAGCCAUUUCAUCUUCUGAACUCGCAGAAACCCAAACCGGCGUUGAAAAAGGCCGCGCUGCACCAGCAGCCGGGAGUUGUUACCCAACAACCACAAAUCUUCGUGAAGAACAGCACAGCAUCGUCCUCGUCCGGUGGAAGUAGCAGCAGCUCAGGCUCGAGUGCUGGUUCGUCUUCCAGCUCGGCCAGCUCCUCCUCCGAUGAACAGAGCUCGUCGGCCUCCAGCCCGGGAGAGCAGUCCCACUCUGUCGGUGAAGAGGGGAACGAUGUAUUGCCCGAAGAUGAGGGCUGCAGUUCUAGUACCAGUGAACCGCGCAACUCCUUCGACAGCAACGCUUCCUCCAACAAGGAGCAGGUGGACGAGAAAUUGCGAGCCGCACGGGAAUAUCAACUGUGAAAGUGUCUGGGUCUGGAAGAUUGCCAGGUUUGUCAUGCAUAUUUCUCAUGAUCCAUGAUGCCUGUAAUGCAUGGCCUAGCAUCACAGACUUUUAGAGGGCUUCCUGAUGCACCUUUCGCAUGAGAAAUGCCCUGUCCGUGUAGCACAAACCGGACCCCUCUUUCUGGUCAUGCAAUACAAAUUUUUUUAGAGUCCCAAAUCAGCACGACAAGGUGCAUUCUUCCAGACCCAGACACUUUUACAUCUGAUAGGGAACUCGAACUGCAAGCGGCCCGGCGGAAAUCGGAGCUGAACCGUCGCGCGGACCAGUUGGAAGCGGCGCUGCGCUCUAGCCUGUCGAAUAAGGUGAUUAGUUCCGCGAUCUUGGAGAAGUGUCUGGAACAGAUCCGACUGAACGAAGAAGCGAUGGAACUGAUUUCGUCCGAUCUCCUGUCGCAGGGCGAUGCCACAGUGGAGAUGUUGAAGCAGGUGGACGGGCCGCUGACCGAGAUUUUAGCACUGACGGAAACCGAUUUUUUGUUCGAUGAAGAAUCUACUUCUCGUGAAAACAACAAAGAUUCUCAUUCUGUGCAACAGAAGAUGAAGCAGCAAACGGAGAGGUUUGAAGCAGUUCUCUGCAACAGCAGUGCGGUUUUGGCAAAGUACGAAAAUUUCGGCCGGGCGGACGAGUUGAAGGCGGCUAUUCUGAGUGCGACGGAGCACUUGCUGCAGGUUUGCGAAAAAGCGGAGAUGGCGAAGAAGGCAAAAGAGGAAAGGAAGAAAGUAGCCGCGACGAAAAUCCAGGCGGUCUUGUACCGCGGGGCUGCUGCGAGGAAGAAGGUUGCGAGGGAGAAGGAGGCGGUUUUAGCGAUUCAAAAAUUUUGGAGAGCGAAGUUGCAGAAAUUCCACGCGAUUGCGCAACUCGUGAUGCAGCAGCAGAAAGUCAGCGUCGCCACCAAAUUGCAGGCCAUCUGGCGGAGCAAGAUCGUCCGUCGUGACUACGAGGACAUGCGGUUUGCCUUCGACAUGGCGGCGCGGGACGUGCAAGUGUUUUUCCGAUCGAGGGCGUUUUUGCAGAAGAUCCGGAAGGCGGUGCAGGAGAAGAAAGCGGCAACGAAAAUCCAAACGCAGUUUCGCGGGAAAACGGCCAGGAAAGAGUUGGCAGACCGAUUGGACGCGAAGAAGGCUAGAGAAGCGGAGGAGGCAAAAAAGCAAAAGGAAUCCGAUGCGGCGAUCUGGAUUCAAUCCAAAUUUCGCGGUGUCGUCACGCGGUUACUGGUACUGCCGAGAUUGCGUGCUGCGAAGCAGAAGAAACUUCAGGACGCAAAGGAAGCGCAGGCCGCGAGGGUUUUGCAGAGCUGCUAUCGAGGAAAAUGCGCAAGAGGAACGGUCGCAAAAUUGCGGGAAGAGAAGGCCAAACUCGAACAACAAGCCCUGGCCUCAGUGAAAAUCCAAUCGAUCUAUCGCGGCAAGAAGCAAAGAGGCGAAACAGCGGUGCUGCAACAGCAGAUCGCGGGUGCGAGGAAGGUUCAGCAGUACUGGAAAAAUGUCACCCUCGUGCGCAAGGCGUUCCUGGACCAGAGAAAAGCAACUUUGCAGGUCCAGACACAGUGGCGCAAGAUGCAGGCGGUGAAAGAGGUGAAGGAAAAGCGGAAAGAGCUUACUGACCUUGUCAUCCCCACCACCAUCCGUUUGCAGACUGCUUUCCGAGUCCUGCAGGCGAAAAAGAAGUUCUUGCAGCAGAAGCAAAGCACCGUCAAGGCGCAGAGCCACAUCCGCAAGUUUCUUGCGGGAAAGAAAACCGAGAAGCCGCUGGCCCUGCAGAAGCAACUCCAGGCGUAUUUUGCAAUGACCGAGAUGGACAUUUGGGCGACUGCGGAUCGGAGCGAGUUCCAAAGAAUUCUCGAGGAGUACAAGAGCAACGAAGUGCAUUCCGUUUCUAUUGCGGAAAAAGCAAGCCUGUUUCUCCAACAGUGGGGCGAGAAAAUCCGACUGGAAACCGACUUGGCGACAGCUUUGGAAGACAUGAAGAACGCCGAAGCGGUCGCAGGAGGAAAUGCAAAUGGUGAAGAAGAUUCCACCAGCGUCAGGGAAGAAGGAAACGCUAAGCAAGGGCUCGAGAUCGAGUCGCUUCUGGAAAAGUUCGCGACGCUCCUAUCGAAGGCGGCAAACUUCAACGCGAAUGCGUGCGAUUUUCAAAGCCUCCGCAUCGAAGACGUCGAAGAGCUUGAGGCACAGCACGCUGCGGCUUGCCGGCGGUACGAAGCAGGAAACACGCUGGCGCUCGCUCUGAAGGCCGCCUUUCCCGCCUGGCUCAUCGACAUUUUUCAGCAGUGCAAGAACCCAGAAGGAGACGACGACGAGAAAAAAACAGAAGACAUUGUUUCCGCCACUGAAAAAAUCAACUUCGUCCAGACCUCCCUCCUUUCCCAACAAUCAGCUGAAGAAGAGGCUCUCGACGAAGCCAGUUUAGUUGCGCUGACAACUGCGAUUGAGAGUGUGGAUUUGUCGAAGCAAAAGCGGGAGGAGGCGUGGACAUUGUUGCUCCACUUUGUGCUCAUGAAGGCGAAUUUCGGGAUUUCGGAAUUAUCAGACUGCUUGUCUGCGUUGAAGAGUUUGGCAUCGUCUACCUGCAGCGAAAACGACACGAAUGAGCCGGCGGAGGUCGCAGAUGUGCUGGGAAAAAACGAAAAGCUCGCGAACUUUUUCAAGCAACUUCUCUUUGGCUCCGAAUCGACAACAGCGAAAGCGACACGAUUUGUGAAGAAGCUGUGGCGUAGUGUUUCGCCGUUCAAGAAGCAGCAGAGCAGCGCCUCGGGCACGAGAAACAGUUCUGCUGCGGGUGAAGAUGCGCCACUGAAUGUGCUCCGAGAGGAGACAAGGGAUAGCCUGAAGCAGCUGGGAAGGAAGGUAUGACCUCUCGACUGUGUCGAGGGAACUUGAGCUUCCUUCAUCUUGCACUAACGUAUGGAAAGUUUUCGAUGAUCAAAGUCAUGCUUCACUCGAAUUACUUUUUAUAGCAAGCACCUCAAAUUUUUCAUCGCACUCCAACAAGGUAUCCGAGCUCCGUUUUACCCUGACAGAAAAAGCCAAGCGGACCGCCAGCCGCAACGCCUUGCAGAAAUUUGUGAACGAUGUCACUCUCAACACGGCCAGCUUCUACGAUUUUCAGGCGGCAUUCGACACCCACGCACCGACGUUGGAGAUGAAAUACGAGGCAUCUACUUCCUCCUCCGACGAUGAGAACAAUGCGAAUGCCACUUCGUCCUCCAACAGUGCAGCUGCAGGAGUCGCUCCUGAACAAACAAAUUCACUUGACUCAGACUCGAAAAUGAAAGAUAUCGAAUUGAUCGAAAAUUGCAAACAACUGCUGCAGAAGUUGAGUGGCGUUCUGGAGAUCGAAGAGGAGCUGGAGAUCCUGUUGAAGCAAGCAGUGAACAAAAAGAAGCAAAAGCACGAGGUUUUGUUCCCAGAAUUCAUCGAAGCGUUCCGGACCUACGCUGUUGUGACGAGCAGCAGUUCAACUCCUUCGACGUCCUCUUCCGCGUCAUCUAGUGCCUCUAGUGGAGGUGGGCAGGAACACCUCAACGUCGAAGCCCACGCGGCCCUCACCGACGACGCGCACCUGGAAUUUGAGAAGUUUGCGGACCCGGCACGGUUGGAACGGAUGAAAAACGCGAUUGUGGAAUUUGAAGAGGAACAAACGGAGAAGAAGCGGAUUAUGAUGAAGAAAAAAUGGGACGACAAUUACAUCUGCUUUGAGCAGGACGUUGCUCCAAUCGCAGCCGCGUUGAACAGUAAAAGCAAAAGCGGAUCGAAACGCAGGAUGACCAUGGCCGGAUUUGACGUGGGCGCUGUGGCGCUGCGGGAGGUAAAACUAACUUAGAUGUUUUUAGGUGGUGACAAGUCUGAUUCUAGUGCUAGUUGUUGCGACUCUACUGCCAUUAUCAAUAGCGUAUCAGGUCAUAAAAAGGAACUCUGCCAUGCAAAAUGAAAAACGUGCAAAACAGACCACCGCGCCGACAUCCGCCCGAAAGGCCUUGAAAUCCCAGUCCUGCUUGCGUAUCCGCAUGGCGUACCGCCGGAAGAAGCUGUCGUGGGACAAGAGGGUCUUGCGGUUCAAAAGCAGAGUGAACAGAGGGAAAGCAGUUCUGAAAACUGGUGUAAACAAGUGCUUCGAAAAGUUGCUCUUCGUCGCCAGCAUCGCGAAGGAAAUCGCGUUUGUGCUGCUCUUGGUGUGGUUUGCGUAUCAGCAGUUUUUUUCCAUCCGGACGAGCUCGUCGCCCAGCAGGGAGUGAGGAACGACUGUGGGUACGAGCAGAACUACGUUAAUACUGUGGUACAGAAUUUUUUGAAUCACGGAUCAAUGUUAAGAUCUCAAGCUAGCAGUAACGGUCCCGCUUUCGCACAAAAAUAGAGGUAAGUAUGUGUCAACACAUCUCGUCAAUCUGACAAGAAAACAUGUAGGAUAUUGUAAGACCACUGAGGCAGCACCAGCAGGAGCCUAUAACAUGACUACCUUUAUGCUCAGCAUGCAGUAGCAGUCGUAUUUGUUUCGUUUUUUCCUGCAACCAGAACCAGAGCUGAUUGAAUGAUUUGAAAAUUACCUUGAAACUCGCAGCAUAUUGGCGCUAGUGUCGUGCCAUCGGUUCAGUGACCCGGAUCUAUCACUACGUAUCAGUCCUCUCUUGAACUUGGAGCAAAAGUAAUUUUCGGUAGGUCAGGCAGUGAUGCGGCAACGUCUCCACCACAUGUCAAGAAUCAUUGGUGCCUUAAAAAUCAAUCUUAUGUCAACAUAUUUUGGAAAAUGAAGGAAGCUUUUAAGUGUUAUGUUAUCUUUGGAAAUUAUUGGUCUGCGUUGAUGUUGAAGUUUACAUUUUUGAAUUGUAUUAUGGACCUGCUUGACAAAUAUUGAUAUUCUGGUCGAGUUGGAGACAAGAAUGACAACCACAACCACCAUACACUUAAACUUCAAGAAGAAGCGAUGUUGAUGUAGUUUCAUGCAUCGAUCGCCAUGUGACGAGGAAGAGGAC